ACAAAGUUUAAUUAAGCGAGAACUGUAGUUGCAACUGUUGUUUAACAUUAUUUUUACUGAAGUGGAUUAAGUAUGUGUUUUUUAUGAGAAUUGUUAAGUGAAUUCUUUCGAAAGUGUCUGACGGCCCACUUUACGGAUACCUAUAUGCGUGAUCUGGCUGCAGUCCAAAACGCGUUGCAAUAUUUUUCUGACUCGUUGCAGUUACAGCAUAUCCCGAAGCAGAUGAUGGUAGACAGCAUGGUGACGAGGUGGCUGGCGCUGGCGCUCCUGGCCUCCAGCUGGCGCCUGGCUGCCGCCUGCACGUGCCAGCCUGACCACCCACAGACACAUUUCUGCACUAGUGAUUUUGUUAUAGUCGGCAGAGUACAAAAAACAUUUAGGGGAGGUUACGAAUUCUUCGAUGCAUACAAAGUGAAAAUAAGGAACUUUUUCAAAGCCACGCCCAAGGCGAGACUAGCGCUGCGGUCGGGCCGUCUACUGACCGCGUCGCAGGAGUCCAUGUGUGGACUUGAACUGCAACCCAGGGAGACCUACCUGAUCACAGGUAAUAUCAGGCAGCUGCAGGCUCACGUGGACCUGUGCGGGUACACGCGGCGCUGGCGGGACGUCACGCCGCGACAGAGGAAAGGAUUCAGGAUGCUCUACAAGAAUGGAUGCGCGUGCAAGGUGCACAUGAACCGUCGACGGACGAAGUCGCCCAACACAUGUGUUGCCAACUACAACGACUGCUACGAGCGACAUGGCAUCUGUUUGCACGAUCGCGCGCGCCGUUGCCGGUGGACCAGAACUCCGGCGCUGACGAGGUGUAUGCAGGCGCACUACCACAAUAGCACCAUGAGACCAGUAUGAUCUAACCUAACUGUAUUCAUCGACCACACAAGCUAUACAGUCAGAAAUCGUUACUAAUCUUCGAAGCGACUAGUUAUACGAGCCAAAAACAUUUUAACUUCUCAUUUCUUUCUGACGUUCGAACGUACCUUGAAGUGAUAAUGUGAUGUGAAUGUGUGUGUGUAAUGCGUAUUCCAAAUUCAAAACGUAACGAAUUUUUCUUAAAUUAUUUCACCGCGUGUUUCUCUAUUAUUGUUGUAUUUUUGUCUUAUGACAAAAAGUUAUUAUUAUUUUAUUUAUUUUUAAGUAAAUUGUAAAUUAACAACUCUAGUUAUAGGAAAAACGUUACAUAAGAAAAAUAAAUGAUUAAAUCCA